AUGGCGGCCAUGACUACCAGCACACCACUAGCAUCAAUACAGUCUACGGCACCUGCAUCGCAUCCCAACUCGUCAUCACCCACCACCCACUAUGACGCGACAAUAUCGACUUGCUCGCUACAGCCUCUCACAGCGGCCGAGAUCGACGCCAUCACCCUCAUCGGCCCCGAAGACUCGCGCCACUGGUCGCACGGCAAGAAAUGGAUGACCACCGUCAUCAUAUCGCUCAUGGGCUUCAUCUCGCCGCUGGGUUCGUCGAUCUUGGUGCCCGGCAACGGCUUUGUUGACCACACGUUCGGGCUGGGCUCACGCACGCUGUCGCUCCUCCCCGUCUCGCUGUUUGUCAUCGGGCUUGGGAUAGGACCGUUCAUUCUCGCACCGUGCUCCGAGACCGUGGGGCGGCAGCCGGUCUAUGUCUCGACGAGCUUUUUGUUUAUUGCGUUCAAUUUGGCCUCGGCCUUCAGUCCGAACUUUGUCGUGCUGAACGUGCUGCGCGUCUUGGCGGGUGCGGCGGGGAGUACGGGGCCUAGUCUGGGCGCGGGCAGUAUUGGCGAUAUGUUCUCGCCAAAGGAGAGGGGGCGCGCGCAGUCGCUGUACGGCUUGGGGCCGCUGAUGGGCCCCGUGCUGGGGUCGAUCAUCGGGUGCUUCAUCGCGGCAGGCACGAGGGACUGGAGAUGGCUCCUGCAUACGCUGACCAUCAUGUCGGCGGUGGUGUUCGUCAUCAUCGUGCUGUUCCUCAACGAGACCUACGCCCCCGUGCUGCUGCGCAAGAAACGCGAACGCGCCGUCGAACAACGCUUGCACGAGAUCCGACAGCUGAACCCCACCACCGCCACCCUCCUCGGCCUCACGCGCAUCCAAAAAGCGCGCGCGUACCUUCGCAAGCUCCUUCCCAGCGACGACGUCCUCGCCAAGAUCAAGGUCGCCCAGUCGCGCCCUUUCCGCCUGCUGUUCACCAACCCGAUCUGCGCCAUCUUUUCCUACUAUCUCGGCUUCUGCUAUGGGAUUAUCUACCUGUUUAUCACGCAACAUCCGCUGCUGUUCAUGACGCGCGAUGGCGAGCCCGACGCGCCCUCGCCCAUGGUGCUACCCACGUACGAUUGGAGCCUCGGCAUCUCGGGCCUGUCGUAUCUCGGCCUGGGGUUGGGCUUCCUCGUGGCGGCAUUUACGAAUGCUGCGCUGCAGGACGAGAUCUACGCGCGGCUGGUCGCGGCGGACGGCAAGAUCGGGUGGUGGCUGUUGAAGGACCGCGAAGGGAUUCGGAGGGUGAUGCAGGAGAGCGAGUUUGACAGGGUGGCGCGUCAGCAGGCGGAUCUGGAGAAGGGAGCAGGGGCGGCGGCCAAGCCAUCCGAGGAGCUCGAUCGCAGUAUUCACGCCGGCGGUAGCAGUCGACGAGGUAGCGACAGUGCCGGCGAAGGCGCCAACUCCGCCCUUGGCAACGUCACUCCUGCCGCCAACCACGACCCGCAACCCCCGCACUCCCCUAUCAUCCUAGACGACGAGAAGAAGCACCACUGCGCCCGCAUCCCCGCAUCCACCGCCGGUGCUGCAGUGGAGCCGAAGAAGGGCCGCCCCGAGUACCGCCUGCCGCUGUGCUUCGUGGGCAUGUGCAUCCUCCCCAUCGGCCUGCUGCUCUUCGGCUGGUCCGCUGCGAACCAGACCCACUGGAUGGUCCCGCUGAUCGGCUCGUUCUUGGUCGGAUGCGCCACCAUCCUCUGCUUCCAAACCAUCCUGGUCUACCUCGUCGACGCCUUUGUCCCUUACUCGGCCUCGGCCACCGCCUGUGCCGUCCUGAUCCGCUCCAUCCUCGCCGCCGCCUUCCCGCUGUGCGCAGAGUACAUGUUCGAGGCACUCGGCUACGGGUGGAGCUGCACGCUGCUCGCCGGGAUCGGCAUGGUCGGCUUGCCUGUCCCGCUCGUGCUGUACAGGUACGGCGAGGGCUUGAGGACGAGGUACAAGUUCGAAGGCUGA